AUGUAUGUCUCUUCGUGGUUAUUUAUUCUAAUUGUGUGUUCAAAUGGUGAAGAGUGUCAGUGCAAACCAAUUGGUAAAAGUGUUACAGAAGGAUUUACACCGAACACUUGUACAACUAAAACAACAGAAUCGCGUUCUUUUUGUUUUAAUUCUGAUUUUGUAUUUGGUCCAAUGCUUGUGUACAACGAGACUUUAUCUUCUAACACAAUACUUCUUACGUCUAAUUAUUCCUUCACGCAUUUUAAUUACUAUAUGAUAUUAAAUAACGCUAUUGUGACGUACGUAGGUUUUUUCCAUACCGUCAAUAUGACUGUGAUAGGAAUUAAUUCAGUUAAUAACGUUAAUAGUUACUUCUCAGUUGCUGGUUCACUUGAAGUUAAAAAUCCACUAUUAAACUAUCCACAAAUAUUAUUAUGGAAUUCCACAUAUCUUCACUUAAAUAGAAACAUCACUGAUAGAGUCGAUUUUCAAAUUUUAAAUCCAGUCAAUAACAAAAAGUGUUUUGACGUAAUUUCACUGAAUAGUCCGAACAAUUUAAACAUCAAUUUAGUUGCAAACAAUUGCAUUUUAUCAUCAAUGUUUCCUUAUAUCUUUAUGGAAGGCUUAGGCUAUCUCAUAUCAAAUCAAAGACUUAUUCGUUUUUGUCCAAAUGGUGUUGAAUUGGUCAAAACAGUGACAUGCACUUUGAUACUGAACUCAUACAGCAAUUCAAGUUAUAUACCAAAUUAUUCUCCACAAACAUUUAACUUUCCGCACUGUCCAUGUAAUAGUGAUUUGAGUGUAAUUUGCGAAUUAAAAUUAUCCGAACAAUAUAAUUCUUAUGAUUUUCAAACAAAAUCACUUGACAACACAAAUUUAUAUGUUGACAAAAAUGUGUUGCUUUCUAAUUUGAAUUGUCCAAAAAUCGUUACAAUUUCAGACAACGUGAAAGUCGACUUUUAUGGGAGAGUGUAUGGGACUGUGUUUUCAUAUUCCUUUGGUGAAAUUCGAUUUGAUUCGACUCAAAUACCCUUUGUGACGCCAUACUCAGUCAUUUUCAAUUCAACUAUGAACACUUUUUAUUUUGGUCAUAAUAUGAAUUUUGCAGUCAAUUUUACUAAAAUAAUAAGAAACUUUGUCAUCAACAGUUCUUCUGAAAUUUCUUCACUCUAUUUGCAACCAAACUCGUUGAUAUUUGUUUUUGGAGCAUUAUCUAUCCACAAUAUAGUCCCAGUCGAUUUCGGAGUAUUUGACAUUAGUCAUGUCGUGAUGAAAAGUGAAACCACAAACAACAGUUGUCUUCUGGUUGAAACGACUCAAACGAAAAACACAUGCUUGUUGUGUAAUUUUGAGUAUCGACUUGUCGAUGGGAAGUGCGUUUCAAAAGCAAUUAAUUGUGCGAGUUACAAUGAAAACAAUGUAUGUGUGUUGUGCUUAGAUGGAUAUGUAUUAGACAACAAUUACAAUUGUAUAAAAUCGGGAAAAUGUGAAAUUGGAACAACAUCAAAUUGUUACAAAUGUGUUGAUCUUUAUAUCAAGGAAAACACCAGUUGUGUUUACAAUAACAAAUGUAUAUAUGGAGACGGAAAUGUUUGUGUUAAAUGUGAGAGUGGCGAGUCUGAUAGUAAUUGUGAAAAUUGUGGUGAUACACAGUGUCUUAAUUGUAAUAACAAUAAUUGCAAACUUUGUCAAGCGGGAAGUGUUAUCAAUGAUACAGGAAAAUGCGAAGAAGAGAAAAAUGGGAAAUCGUAUGGUAUUUCAACCAUAUACUGUAACAGCGGGUUUUACACAGAAAACUCAAAAUGUGAAAACUGUUUUACAAAACAUGAAAAUUCAGUUCUUUGCAACUAUGAAUAUUCUAUUAAAUGUGAUAAAAAUUUUAUACUAACAGAAAACGGAAAUUGUAUAACAAAAAUAUGCAAAGUCAAUGAAACCAAUGAGGGAAAUGGGAAUUGUGUAAUUCCAAUUGAUAACUGCCUUCAUAUUGUUAAAAAUAAAUGUGUUGAGUGUGGUAAUGGAUUUGUAUUAAACGAACAAUUCAUGUGUGAAAAAAAUGAAAAUUUGUAUCCAAUUAAAAAUUGUGAACAAAAUGGAAAAAGUGGGUGUAAGCGGUGUGAUCUUGGGUAUUUUGUAUCAUCUGGAAUUUGUAUGAAAUGCUCGGAAAACUGCACGAGUUGUAUAGAAACGUCCACAAAAUGUCUUUCAUGUGAAAAUGGAUAUUAUCAAGGUGACAACUACAAAUGUGUUUCUAAUGACAAGUUAACUGAAAAAUGCAACAAAAUAUCAGCUGUCACGAAUGGGUGUUACCAAUGUAAAAAUAAUUAUUACAGAGUAGGUAUGGAUUGUCUACCUUGUCUUUUAAAUUGUUCGAUGUGUAAUAUUAAAGACAAGUGUUUAACUUGUAAUGCAACAAAUUAUAAAAAUAAAGAUGGACUGUGUCUUCCACAAAAUUCUAUUGAAGGGUGUGCUGUGCAAAUAACACAAAGCGGUUGUUCAAAAUGCCAAGAUGGGUAUUUUACAUCGAAUUUGUAUGAAUGUGAAAAGUGUAAUGAAAAUUGUACUCAAUGUACUUUUCUUAAUACUUGUACUUCGUGUAAACACAACAAAAUAUUAUCUGAAAACGGACUUUGUUUAGACAUUUAUUCUAUUAAAAAGUGCACUGAAGUUUCAAAUUCAAAAUGCUCAAAAUGCGCGUUUUGGUAUUUACCAACAAAUGAUGGCAUUUUAUGCAAGAAAAAAGUGGUUUGGUGGGUCGUUUUAAUAGUUGUUAUAUUUAUAGUUGUUAUCGUUGUAAUACUUAUUAUAUUGAUAUACUUCAUUGUUUCAAAAAUACAACAAAAAAUGCGACAAAAAGAAAUUGCAAUGACAACAACACUUUUUAAAAUGCGUCAUUCAAAUAUCAAUUUUGUUGCACUUGGUGAUGGAAUUGUUGUAAAUAAAACAGAAAUUGAUUUUGGAACCGAAAUUGAAGCAAAUGUUAAACAUAGAGAACUUUUAUGUGUUGGAAACACAACAAAACACAACAUGAAAAUCCAAAUUACAACAAAAAGUGAGAAAAUUACAAAAUACAUUUUCGAGGCACAACCAACAAUUGUUGUUCUUGGCGAAAAUAACGCUUGUGAAUUUGAAAUUAUGAUUGAUAUAAAAUGCACGACGAAGUUAAAUGAAAGUUUAAUGUUAGUUGCAAACAGUUUUGACAGUGAUAAAGAUGUUAUCAAAGAAAUCAAAUUUUAUGCACAAACAAAACUUUCAACACGACUCGACCCAGACGAAUUAAUAGAAGAAAAGAAACUUGGCGAAGGUUCAUUUGGAAUUGUCUUCAAAGGACUUUUUAGAGGUUAUGAAGUUGCAAUAAAGAAAAUGAAGACGUGUGUCAGUUCUGAAGAUGCUUUAGACGAAUUUGAAAAGGAAGUUGCCAUGUUGGACAAAUUUCGAAGUGACUAUAUCGUUCACUUCUAUGGCGCCGUUUUUGUUGUAAAUAACAUUUGUAUGGUUACAGAAUUUGCUCUUUAUGGAAGUUUGUAUGAUUUGAUGAAACACAAAAAAGACGAAGAAAUUGAUAUAAAAACGCGUGUCAAAAUAUUACUUGACGCAUCAAAAGGAAUUUUGUAUUUACAUGAAAAUGGGAUCUUACACAGAGAUAUCAAACCAGAUAAUAUUUUGGUGUUUUCACUUAAUGUAAAUGAUAAAGUGAAUGCAAAAUUGACUGAUUUCGGAAGUAGUAGAAAUGUGAAUUUAUUAAUGACUAACAUGACAUUCACGAAAGGUAUCGGAACACCUGUGUAUAUGGCACCCGAAGUGUUGAAGCAAGAGAAAUAUACAAAAAGUGCGGACGUCUAUUCUUUUGGUAUUACAAUGUUUGAGUGUUUAUUGUGGGAAGAAGCUUAUCCAAAAACAUUAUUUCCAUUCACUUGGUGUAUUGCAGAUAAGGUUGUUUUAGGAAUUCGUCCAACAGCUGUAAAAAAACUAGAAAUGAAAUACCAAAACAUAAUAAAAAGUUGUUGGGAACAAAUUCCAGAAAAGAGGUGUACAAUAGAUAAUACUAUCACAAUGAUAGAAACUCUAAUAUGA